AUGGCUUUUAGAGGUGAUGAUGAAUCUCAUGACUCCUCUAAUCGGGGUAAUUUUAUUGAGUUGGUAAAGACUUUUGCAAGAAGGAACGAAGAAGUUGAAAAAGUUGUGUUACAAAAUGCUCCUCUAAAUGCCCAAUAUAUUUCACAUAAGAUACAAGAGGAGAUCCUAAAUAUCUACGCUAACAAAGUGAGGAAAAAGAUACGCGAUGAAAUUGGGGAAGAUGUGAAAUUUUGUGUUCUCAUUGAUGAAGCACUUGAUGAUUUUAAGAAGGAACAAAUGGCUAUUAUCAUAAGUUCGAUUAGGAAUUUGAUUGAUUUAUUUGGUACAUCCAAGACACUUCUAAAGGAUAUCAGUCAUAAUGGACCUACCUCACAAUUUCAUGGGGAAGCAGAAGGUAUUAGAAUUUCUAUGUUAUCUUUUGACUUUGUCUUUGCCUUGAAUUUGUUGGACAAAACUAUGAGAUUCACUGAUUUUCUUUGUCAAGAACUUCAAAGAAAAUCUCAAGACAUUGUAAGUGCUUUGAAUUUGGUUGCAAGUACAAAAAUGGAGCUUGAUGAGUUGAGAAACAAUGGUUGGGAUGACUUUAUACAAAGUGUACGAUCAUUUUGUGAAAAACAUGAAAUUAGUAUGCCUGAUAUGGGUGCCCGUCAUACAAUGAGAACUGGGAGUUCUUGUCAACAAAAAGAUUGUAUCACAGUGGAGCACUAUUAUCAUAUGGAUGUAUUUAAUGAGGUAAUAGAUUAUCAGUUGGGGGAGUUAAAUACUAGAUUUUCAUAUGAAACUAUGGAACUCCUUCGUCUUAGCUCAUCAUUGGAUCCCCGUGAUGCUUUCAAGCGAUUUAACAUUGAUGAUAUAUACACUAUUGCUGAGAAAUUUUAUCCUUAA